CGUUUUGAUGACGUCGAGGUAAUGGCCGCUCUCGUUGUGCCGUGCCGAAUGUUUUAUUUUCUCCACCAUAGUGAUUAAAUUUAACUGAUUAUCGUUUAUUGUAGACAGUUGAAAUCAAUAUCAGCUGGAGAGCGAAGUUUUUAUCGCAGCAGUGCCGUCUUUGAAGAGGUCCGGGUCGACAAGAUUAUUCUCUAAUGGAUACUCCUGAAAGCCCUACCCAGUCUCCUCAGUCCCCUGAGGAGGAGGAGGACAAGGGCCUUUCUGACAGUGAGCUGCUGGACUCUCAUGAUGAAGACGAGGAGGGGAUCAUCUCCGACAGUGACUUGGUCAAUGAAGAUGACAAUGGGGGGCUGACUGAGAAAGAUGAGGAUGAUGAGGAAGGGGAAAGAAGAGUUAGAGGAGUGGGAUUGGUUGACGAGGGGGAAGAAGAUGAGGUGGUCCCUGACUUUGUCUCAGAUCCAGAGGAUGAGGAGCCUGUUAGGGAAACAGAAGAGAUGGGACAGGAAGAUGGGACCAUUCUACUGAUGGAGGGGGAUGAUGAUGGUCCCCAGGAGGAUCAGUUAGGUGAGGAGGAGGAGGAGGAGGAAGCAGGAGAGGAGCGAGAGGAUAGAGUGUUUGACACCCCACAGUCUCCAGACUCAGAGCCAGAUCAGGGCAAGAGGUUCAUUGCUGAAGAGGAUGGCGAAGAUGGGGAGGAAGGAUAUGGUGACUAUCAAAAGGAUGCCUUGAUGGCCCAUGAGAGCGCUGAAGUGGAUGACGAGGAGGAGGAAGACAAAAGCAAAGCAGAGGAGGAAGACGAGGACGAAAGGAUUAGAGCCGAGGAAGAGAAACGGAGGAGAGCUCUUGCGAUAAGGGUAAUGAAGGAUGACUCAGCGUCUGUGUCUAGGGACCUGGACGAGCAUGAACUGGAUUACGAUGAGGAGGUGCCAGAAGAGCCCAGCAUCCCUGGACAUGAGGAGGAGGAGGAGGAGGAUGAAACAAAAGGGGAGGGAGAAGAAGAGGAGGAACGUGAGGACAAAAUCAGCAAGCGGAAGGAGAGGAAAACAAUUUUUCCUCCGUCUCCCAAAGACAGUGACUCAAAGAGGACGGAUGACUCCAAAGGGUCUGAGGGGACGCGCAGAGAUUCCCUCAGAGACAAGAAGAAGGAUGAGGAUGAUGGAGAGAUUGAUGAAGGAGAGAUUGAUGAUGAUGAUCUCGAGGAGGGAGAAGUCAAGGAUCCCUCAGACAGGAAGAUCAGACCCCGUCCCAUUUGCAGGUUCUUCAUUAAGGGAAACUGCACUUGGGGUAUGAACUGUCGGUUCAUUCACCCUGGAGUCAAUGACAAAGGUAACUACUCUCUCAUCAGUAAACCUGACCCCUUCUCACCUAAUGGAGCGCCCCCUGGAGGACCACACCCUCUCAUCCCCAAUAAUCCCUGGGCUGCACCUGCAGUGGAAGAGCUUCCUCCCCCGCCUCCUCCAGUGGAGCCUCCUGUGGAGAGUGCCUGGGAAAGAGGACUCCGGCAUGCCAAAGAGGUGCUGAAGAAGGCCACAAUCCGCAAGGAGCAGGAGCCAGACUUUGAGGAGAAGCGUUUCAACGUCACCAUCGGAGAGGAUGAGAGAGAAUUUGACAAAGAGAACGAGUUCUUUAGAGAACGCAGCUACCGCAUCAUCAGAGAUGAAAUGGAAUUCAGGGAACCUAUCUAUGGUGACCCGUAUGCUGAUCCAUACUAUGACUAUGAAAUGGAGGCUCUGUGGCGAGGAGGCCAGUACGAAAACUUCAGAGUGCAGUACACAGAAGCUCCUCUUCCCUACCACUACACUGAGCGUGAACGAGAGCGAGACCCUCGCGAGCGGCAUCGGGACAGAGAGAGGGAGAGAGAUCACCGCGAGAGGGAGCGCAGACAAAGAGAGAGGGAGAGAGAGCGAGAGCGUGAGCGUGAGAAGGAGAGGAUCCGGCGAAAAGAGGAGUGGGAGAGGGACCGGAUGAAGCGGGACGAGAAGGACAGACCGAGGAUGCGUCCUCCUCGAGACGCCAGGGAGAAGAAAGAGGAAGACAAAAUGAAACCACGCUCACCUCUUGGCAUGCCACCAAACAGGCCGAUGGAGCCUCCCUCAAAGAAGGAGAUGAUGCCAGUCAUGAGGCGACCCGACGAGUGGAAGGACCCAUGGCGUCGGUCCAAAUCCCCCAGAAGAAGACCCGGGAUGGGGUCCCCACCACGAGGGCGCAGGCGACAUCGGCCCUCUGGCUCAUCUGUCUCUCUGUCCAACUCCUCCAGGUCCUCAUCACGCUCUUCAUCAUACACAGGAUCCGGGUCGUCUCGUUCCCGAAGCCGCUCUUCCUCAUUCAGCUCCUACUCCAGCCACUCCUCCCAACGCAGCUCCUUCAGCGGCAGCCGCUCCAGAUCCUACUCCACAUCUCCCUCACCGAGUCCAGCAGCACCGAGGACGGCCAAGAACAAACCAGACCCUCCCCCCAUGAUGGCCAAAGGCAUGCCGCCGAAGCCGGGUGCCAUGCCCCCUCCUCGCAGGGACAAGCCUCCCAUGAAGAAGGCUCCCAGUCCUCCUCAUCCUAGUGGACCACAAGGCAGGCCUCAAAAACCCCCGUCAGAGGGAGGGAAGCCUCCCAUCAAUCCUCGGGAGCCUGGAGGUGGAGGUGGAGGUGGUGGUGGAGGUGGUGGUGGUGCCGGAGGUGGUGGAGCCGGGAGACCUCUGCCACCGCGGGAACCUGGAAAACCACCCAAUGCGAGAGAAGAAAGGCGGAGAGAACGGCAGCAGCAUCCUCCACGGAGGCGAACUGUAAGUGGGAGUGUCAGUGGGAGUGGAAGCAGUUAUUCUGGUUCAAGCUCCAGAUCCAGAUCCUCCUCCAACUCCCUCUCACCUUCUCGCUCUGGAUCCAGAAAAUCCAGAAAAUCCAGGUCGCUGAGUGUAAGCAGCGUGUCUUCAGUGUCAUCAGCGUCGUCCAGCAGCAGCUCCGUGCGGAGUGCUGACUCGGAUGACAUGUACGCUGACCUCGCGAGCCCUGUGUCUUCUGCCAGCUCCCGCUCGCCCACUCCAAAUCACCCUCGAAAAGAGAGAGGGAUGCCAAGGGACCAGAUUCCACAUGGCAGAGACAAAAACAGGGAGAGGCCGCCAAAGAAAGACGAACCCUUCCGUGAGGACCGCAGGAAGAUGGACCCGUCUGGUGGACCACCCAGAGGAGGCAACCCCAUGCCUAGGUCAGGACCUGGAAGCAGAGGAGGCCACCCUUUACAUCCCCCACCUGGCAACAUGGGCCCCCCAGGAAGCUAUGGAGGUUCAGGAUCGCACAAAGACAUCAAACUGACCCUCCUCAACAAGCAGCAGGGAGAUAAGGGGAACCGGAAGAGGUACCUGCCUUCAGACAAAGACAGACCAGGUUCCCCAGUCAGCAAGAGGAUGGCCAUGUCUCCAGACCGAGGCCGUGAUAAGAGGAUUCCAGGUCGACCCCCGCUUUCCCCUCGAAUGGACCGACCCAGAGGCCAAGGGCCCCGCCCCAUGCCCCCCCAGGGAGACAGAAAACGCCCUCUGUCCCCACCCUCAAAGUCUUCUGGAAAAGGCCCGGCGCCACCAAUGGCCAAGCAGGUGGCCCCUGGCUCUGCUCCAGCUGCUGGCUCAGGCUCUGGUUCAGGCUCAGGCUCCGGCAAACCCAGCAACACACUGUCCCGCCGUGAGGAGCUGCUGAAACAGCUGAAGGCUGUGGAGGACGCCAUCGCCAGGAAACGAGCAAAGAUUCCCACCAAAUAAACCAAGGCAUCUGUUCACCUGUCUGCUUGUGAGGCUAUGUGAGCCGCAGAAACAGCAAGGGUCAUGGGAGGGUUGAUCCCCUGCUCUCAGUGGAUGUUAAAAAAUGUUGUAUGGUUCAUGUAUACAGGUUAUUGUGAAAGAGGAGAGGAAGUGGCCACACUGCAAUCAUCCUUUACUUGAGGUUUGGCUCUACUCUAUUCUGGAGAGUCUCUCACUCCCGUCUGCCCGAUGUUAGAUCCCCUUAAAGUCUCUGAAUGUCUCAGCUGCAGUUUACCUCAUCAACAAGACAGAGUAAGGAACAUUUGGGCGUUUGGUGAGGAGGGGAGUCUCAGAAAUGGAGUGCAGACUCAACGGAAACAGAAAGGUAUUGAGGUGCGUUUGUUCACUUGCCCCCCACUCUGUUCCUUCAUUCAAAAAGGAAGCACCUCCUCAUGUGGUGUGACAACAGAUUUAUACACAUUGAGUCUACUACUUCUGUCUUUUUCUGGCCAUUUUUAUUGUGCUUUUUUUUAUUUCUCACAUCUUUUCGUCAGUUUCCUCCAUGUUGAGUCAGCCCUGCAGGUUACUGACAGCCCUCACUCUGCUUAUUUGUAUAAAUUCCUGAGCAUCUACAUUCAGUAAGUCAUCAUGAGCCUGUGUUUGUUCACAGCAGACUCAUCUGAAACCAAUGGCACGUCUGGUUCUGUGUGUUAAGAGCAGUGUUCGCUGUCACACUUUGUACAAAAAUAGCAAAUCAUCCGAUUCUUUCAAGUGUAAGAUUAUAGACAACAGUGAUGUGAAGUAUUGCUUCUUUUUUAUCUACAGCAUUUUGUUUUCUUCUAAGCUCUUCCUAAGUGAUAAACUGAUGUUUUAUUUGUGUGAUCAUUUUUAGUUUGAGGAGUAUGAGAUGGAACGGGGGAAUUUAGAGACAAGAUUUGUCUUGCUUUUGUGACAAAAGCCUUCUAAAUAAACUAUUUUGAUAAAGAGAA